AUGCAAUGUCGGUGUUUCGCGUCGCGUCGUCCUGCUGGACUUGCCGCCUUGCGUGGAAAUUCGGGCAGCAGAAAUUGGACAAGAUUCGCUUCACGUUACGGCCGCGAUUCCGUGCAGCCACACGAUGGGCGGACUUUCCGCGUGCGCGCAGCAGCCUCCGCGGGUAGCGCGGCGGCGAAAUCCGCGGAGGCGGAAGAGAGCACAGUGGCGGAAGACAUGAAGCAGCGGAGAGGCCUCCGCGGCAAGACCGAGGCUGACGUCAUCGUCAUCGGUUCCGGAAUCGGCGGGCUCUGCUGCGGCAGCCUCCUGGCGCGCUACGGCCGCGACACGCUCGUUCUCGAAAGCCACUACCUCCCAGGCGGCGCGGCGCACGGCUUCACGCGGAACGGCUUUUCGUUUGACACGGGCCCGUCGCUGUUCUCGGGAUUGUCGUCGCGCGGCCCGCAGGCGAACCCGCUCGCGCAGGUUCUCGACGCGCUGGGGGAGACCGUGCCGUGCGCGGCGUACGACAGCUGGAUGUGCUACCUCCCUGAAGGGGACUUCUUGUCGCGCAUCGGCCCUUCUCACUUCAUUGAGGUGCUGCGGCAGCGUGUGGGGGAGGGCGCCGUGCAGGACUGGCGGAAGCUCAUGGCCGCGGUUGAGCCUCUUGCGGGCCCCUCAAUGGCCCUCCCUCCAGCUGCUCUCCGUGCCGAUCCUGCCGUGCUGCUCACUGCAGGGCUGAGGUACGGCCCGAGCCUGCUCCGCACGUUCGGCAGCGCUGGGCCUGCAGCUGCACUCAACGCGUUGAAGCUCAUGGGCCCAUUCUCCUCACUAGCAGACUCAGUGGGCGUGAAGCACCCCUUCGUGCGCAACUGGAUCGACCUGCUCUCGUUCCUGCUGUCGGGACAGAAGGCCGACGCCACCAUUGCGGCUGAAGUGGUGUACAUGUUUGCAGAGUGGUACAAGCCUGGCAGCGUCAUGGAAUAUCCUCUCGGCGGCCCCGAGGCGAUUAUCAAGGCGCUUAUAAGGGGGAUGGAGAAGAACGGCGGGCAGCUCUCCCUGAACUGCCACGUGGACAGCAUAGUGGUGGAGGGCGGCCGGGCAGUCGGCGUAAAACUUAAAUCCGGGCAGAUAAUCCGCGCCCGUACGGCCGUGGUGAGUAAUGCAUCGGUGUGGGAUACAAUGCGCCUGCUGCCGCCCGGGAGUGUACCUGGGGAGGACCGGAAAGAGAGAGAGGCUACACCCGAGUGUGAUUCAUUCAUGCACCUGCAUCUCGGGAUCAAGAAGAAGAAUCUUCCUGCUGACCUGGAGAUCCAUCACAUCGUGGUCAACGAUUGGUCGGUGGGCGUCGACGCGCCUCAAAACGUGGUCCUCAUCUCCAUCCCGACGGUUCUCGACGCGUCGCUGUCGCCACCUGGCACCGUCUCAUUGCACGCGUACACCCCGGGGACCGAACCAGCCUCCCUGUGGGAAGGCCUGGAUAGGCGAUCGCCUGAGUACAAGAAGCUGAAGGAGGAGCGGGCCGAGGUGAUGUGGAAGGCAGUGGAAAGAGUACUUGGUCCAGGUUUCUCACGUGAUCAGUGUGAGCUGGCAUUGGUGGGUACGCCCUUGACUCAUGGGAGGUACUUGAGAAGGCACCGAGGAACUUAUGGCCCGGCAAUCAAGGCAGGCGAGGGGACUUUCCCAGGCUCGACAACGCCGCUUCCGGGCCUGUUUUGUUGUGGGGAUUCAACGUUUCCGGGGAUCGGUGUGCCUGCGGUUGCAGCUAGUGGAGUGGUGGCAGCUAACACACUGACCCCUGUGUGGGACCACUGGAAGUUGCUUGAUGCUAUUGGCAUGGCGACGUCGACAGAAGAUGGCGAAGCGGAUUACAUGCGGUAUCUAGACUCGGAGCAAGCAGUCAUGGAUUACGACAUGUGCGACGAGGACAGCGACGAAUGCGACGCUUUUGACUAUACCGACGACAGCAGCGACGCGGACAGCCAAGACGGCUCACAACAAGGGGACUGGGACUGGGACGCGACCCCUCGGCGGGAUAGAACGGCCGAAGCGCGGCAAUUUCAAGGAGAAGACGACUCGGACGAGGACAACGACAUGUUGGACGGCGCUGCUGACGUGAGUGCGCAGCAGGCGGCGCGCGGGCGGGACAUUCAGGGCAUACCGUGGGAGCGGCUGCACUUCACGCGCGCCAAGUACCGCGACAUGCGCCUGCAGCAGUACAAGAACUACAAGAACCUCGACGUCCCGUUAGACGCUGUGGAAAAGGAAGUGAAGCAGGUCAGCACAGACGCCGAGUUCUACUGCUUCGCCUACAACACGCGCGCUGUCAAGUCCACCAUCGUGCACUUCCAGCUGCGCAACCUAGUGUGGGCGACGUCGAAGCAUGACGUGUACACGAUGCACGGCCACACCAUCAGCCACUACUCCGCGCUCUCCCGCCGCUCCGUUGACUUCCUUGACCUCAGCGGACCCGUCGUGCCCAUCUUCCAUCUACAGCGCGCGCCCUGGCUGUACCACCAGCGCGCCACCACUGCCACACUGCGCCCAGGCGGACCCCGGCUCUAUGGGGGCGGGGCGACAGGGGGAACGGGCGGAGCAGGCGGGGGAGUAGCCACUGGCGCGGGGGUAGCAGCAGGGCCGGGGAGAGGGGACGGGGGGGGAGGGGCGGCGGCAGGGGGGAAUGGGGCAGGAAUGGCGGAUGAUGGGACGUGGGAGCCAGUUGGCCGGGUGCAGGUGAGCACGUUGUGUGUGCGCAACGGACUGGUGGCAGCGGGGGGCUUCAACGGCGAGAUGGUGUGCAAGCGGCUGGACAGCGGCGCAGAGGGCGGCGUGUCGUAUGCUGGGCGGAUUACCAGAGACGAGAGCGCCAUCACGAAUGCUGUAGAGAUCUUUGAGUCUGCCAGUGGAGCAGUGCGAGUGCUGACGUCCAACAACGACUGCCUGGUGAGGGAGUUCGACGCUGACUCCUUCGCCAUCAUCGCCCGCCACCACCUGCCAUGGCCCAUCAAUCACACGUCCGUAUCGCCCAACGGCAAGCUGGUGGUGGUGGUGGGGGAUGACCCAGACGCCUUCCUUAUGGACGCCACAUCUGGCCGGGUGGUGGCCCCUCUGAGUGGCCAUGUGGACUAUUCCUUUGCAUCGGCAUGGCACCCCAACGGCCUCACGUUCGCCACCGGCAAUCAGGACACCACCUGCCGUGUCUGGGACCUGCGCUGCCUCUCCCGCUCCCUCGCCACCCUCAAGGGCCGCAUGGGCGCGAUCCGGUCCGUCCGUUUCUCAUCCGACGGCCGGUUUUUGGCCGUGGCGGAACCAGCGGAUUUCGUGCAUGUGUAUGAUGUGAAGGGGGAGUAUGAGAGGAGCCAGGAGAUCGAUCUGUUUGGGGAAAUUGCGGGGGUGUCGUUCUCUCCGGAUUCGGAAGCGCUCUUUGUGGGUGUGGCUGAUCGCACGUACAGCAGUUUGCUGGAGUUCAAUCGGGCGCGGUGUUGUGACUAUAUCGAUGCCACCGUGUGA